UUCAAAGAGGUAGAGGUCACUAGCCUUACGUACCACGGGGUCGUGUUCUCAUUUUGCUUCGGUAUCGUGAAAACUUCUUUUAAGUAUAUUGCACAUUGUCUUGAUCAGAUUGUUUCCGUGACCGUCAGCCAUAAUGUAAAAAUAAGCGUACUCUUUGAAAGAAACAGAAAGAGAAAAAAGAGAAAGACAGAAAACAGGGUUGAUUGACACGUCCCUGUGAUUUUACUCUUCUAGUGUACAGUAUUUUAUGUGCCUUCUCGAUUUAUCUUUUUCUCUUUAAUAUUGGUUACAUUGCACAUGAUUACAUUACAUUGUUCUUUUAUUCUUGUGCUCUUUUGAUUCACUAUCGUAAUCGAAUUGUCAAAGAGAGGUAUAAGUGAGGUUAUGAACGUGUCAGCCAAUGUUAUACUUCGUGGUGUCGUUAAAUAACUUUCAAAUCAAAUAAAUGUUAUAAUUUAUUUCUAAAGUGCUUUUCAUAUUGUGAAUAUAAAGUGUAUUUAUUAUUAAAAAGUGAAACGCGAUAUAACAAAAGAAUAAAAAUGAAACGCACGAAUGGAUAAUAUAUCGCUUGAAAGAAAAACUUUAUAGUUUAACUUGUCGAUAAUAUUAUAUGCUCAUAUGGUAACAUGAUAACAGUGAAUUUAAAAUACCUCAAAAAUUCAUUAUUAUUACUUACAUAUUUAUAUGUAUGCAAAUAUUGCAAAUGAAUCUUUAGAAUAUAUCGAUGUAAAAAUGGCAGAUAAUAAGAUAGAAGUUAUAGAUUUAAUAAAAGCAGCAGAUAAGAAAGAAGUAUUAAAUAAUCCUACCACAUCUACAAAAAAAGUGGAAGAUAACGAAAAGCAAGAUAUUUCUAAUAAAAAUAACUUGGAGACAAAUAAUUCUUCUGAAAAGAAUUCAAAUGUAGUUACUAUUAUUGAUGUAAAAGAAGAUGAAUCGAAUUUAAAUUCAGAAGAUUUUAAGAAAAUUGAAAAUAUUUCAUCUCAAAAUGAAAAGCAUAAAAGAGAUGAUGUAACGAUGAAUAUAAGACUAAAAAAAAUCGAUAAUGAUGAAAAUUCUAAAGAGAUAGAAAAUUCAUCUUCAAAAGUUAAAGAUAUUAAAAAUAUUUCAGAAGAAGAGGAAACAUUGAAUGAAAUAUUAAAGGUAGUAGUACACGAAAAUUUAAGUUCAUCGGAGGUUCGGCAGCUUCCUGUGGAAUCCAAAAAUUUAAACCAAGAAAAUAAAAGUGAUAGUGAAGAUAAUAAAGAAAAAACGGACAAAGAGAAAGAAAAGGAAAAGGCGAAAGAAAUUGUGAAUGAUAAAGCAAAUAUCGUCGUAAUAAGUGAAAUUGUAUCGUCUAGAAGAGAUUCGGAAACGAAACAAUCUAUAGAGAUUGUUGAACACAUGGAAGUUGGAAUCGUAGGACCUCCUACCACUGUUAGCGAGCUUAUUAACGAAGAGGAAUUAAGAGCAGAAUCUGCAUUAUCGACUGAUCAAAAAGUUCAGGAUCAUGUAGCAGAAUGGGUACAGAAUUCUGCUAAAGUUGAAGAAUUGGUUGUAGAAGAAGAUGAAACUCCUAUUAAUAAUGCUUCACAGGAGAAGAAGAAUGUGAGGGAGAAGAGGACCAGAAAAAAGAAAAAUAACGAUGUUCUUGCUUUACCUACUAGAAAAUCUCAAAGGAUUGUUAGCAACAUCAUCAAAAAAAGUAUCAAAUGCUUGAACAAGAUGCACGCAAUGGAAGGUGCGGCUGGAAACGGGAAGAAGGUGGACUCGGCCGAGAAGACGAGGGAUGAUGAAUCGUCGAGAGCUUCGCCGAAAGUUCCUCAGAAUCAGCAAAAUGGCGCUGCUCUUCCAGAAGAAACUGCCGCCGCUCCGGCAACCAUCGAGUGUCUUCGAUCCGCGUCGAUCAAGAAGGAACCUCUCUGUGAUUCGGAGCCGGAGGCGGCGAGCAAAAGCUUGUCCUCGGCGAAAACUGUGCAACAAAAACCUGCGGAAUCACGUUGCACAAAGACGAAAACGGAAGGUAGCAGGAAACGGAAAUCAACGGACGGACAAUUGUCAUCGAAUGGAAAUUCUACCUCGAAGAAAUUGUGUAUGGAACAGAGGGAACAAUACAUUUCUUCUCUUGUCGGCUGUGAGAAAGUUACCGCGGAGGAACUUGCUGCCAGGGCUGAUCAACUUCGAGCUGAAGUCCAAGCCCUGGACGAAUUAGCACGUGCCAAAGAAAUGGAAUGGAACGAGAUUUUGAGUAUGAGAAAGUUGAAGGAAGAAGCGUACCUGAGAGUCGAGAGACGGAGACAAGUUAUGGGAUUUAUGGAGGGUAACGGGCAAUUAGCAGAUACAUUGCCACCGGCGAGUUUAGCGCUAGGCCCUGAAUGGGAAAGUAGUGGUAAUACCACUCCUGUAUCCAAAGAAAAAUUGAGCUUUGGUUCUAAGGAAGAUCUGCCAGAAGAGAGCUCUCAAGAUUCACCCGCUUUUAAAAAGGAAAAAAUUGUAAAACAAAAUACGCAACAAUCAACACCACCCAAACAAGGAGGAGAAAAUGGCCGAAAACAGACGGAAGCACUUAGUCCAGAAAAUAGACAAAUUGGCGAAGGUCGUCAAGGUGCCAUUGUCGAUGUUAGGUCUAUCAUUGCUGAUUAUAGAUUGAGGCAUCCUGAAACAGUACCACGCAGGGGUCGAAGGAUGAGAAAUUCGGUAAACGUUGGUCUUGGAGCUGGUGGAGCCAUGGUUGAAACGGGACAUAAUGUGGAUUCAAGACCAUCUAGUACAGACUCUUGUAAAAGUACUUCAAAUACAGUUGAUCCUAAUAAUUCUAUGAGCUUUAAAGAUGUACUUGUGCAGUUUGCCAAAUUGAGUCAACAACAAGGUGAACCAGUAAAAACACCUCAAAAUUAUCCGGAUGUGACGCUUCACCCUGUUGCACCAUCUCCAGCACCACAAAAUACUCCACCACAACAGAGUGGUUCGUUGCUUCAUGGAAUUCUCACGAAAUCACAAUCUCCAAGACCUACUACUUUUUCACCUACUUUAGCUAGAUUACUCACCGCACCUGAAAGAGAAAGGAAUGCACCAACAGCCGCGUCUAUACCACAGCAAAGUGCAGCAACCCAGCACCUUUUGCAGACAUAUCAAGGCUCUAAUCCGGUUUCUAUCAGUGACCUCCUAUCUUCUUCCAAGGCUCGAACUGAAAUAACAAUAACACCAGUCAUCAAUACUCCAGUUCAAUCUCAUGUGGAUGAUGUUGAAGAAGAAUCAGCAGUAAUUGAAGAUAGAGAGACUCGCAUUUCUUCAGGAGGUAGGGAUGCUAGAGAAGAUAGAGACAGUCCGCCACGAUGCCAAGGAUGUCAUGAACGUGUAGCACAAUUUGUAUGUGCUGGUUGUGGCCAUCAGUGGUAUUGUAGUCGCGAAUGUCAAGUUGCUGCGUGGGAUGAACACUCAGAAGUGUGUUCUGGUUAAAAAGAACGAGUACAACAUGUUUAUUUAAACCUUGUACUCGUGGUAUCAGGUUAAAUCUUUCAACCUUUCAACUGAGAAUAAAUCUAGUCAAAAAAGAACAGCCAAGAAUAAUGCGUUUUGGAUACGAAACGAAAAAAAGGGAGAAAUAUUAAGAGAGCAGUGUAUAUUUUUAAGAAUCUUCAAAUAUGUUUAAUCUGUAAAAAAUAAGUUUUAUUUCAUAAAAAAGAGAGAAAACCGUUAAGUUAAUAGCGCUUCUUAUGAGAGAUGAGUAUUUACGACGAAAAUAAAAAUAUGAGACUUCAGGCACUUUGACGAAAAAAGAUUAGAAUUCGAGUUGAAACGAUCGUUGCUUCACUGUAUCACCGCGUUGCUUUUAUCCGUAUAAGAACUGAACGAUCGUAAGUCUUCAUUGAGACAAAUAGAGAGUAUUAACCCUGCUGAAAUUAAGCAUUUAAUAUCUUCCAAAGGACAAACUCUUUGAGGAAUUUCUAAUAUAAUAGGAAUUCACGAUAUAAACAUUCGUAACAAUUUCGUGUAUCAUUUUUUUUUUUUUUAGACUUUGAUCAAUGCAUGACGUACGAUGUACGUGCUAGUUGAAAAUUUCAAAUUUUUCCAAACAAGUAAAAGAAAACAAGCCAUAAAUAGCUAGUAUGUGCGCUUGUAAUGAAGAACAAAGCACAAAACUGUGUCUCGCGAUGCUGUACAUAAUUUUAUACGUAUUAGCAGGGUUGUUCAGCGUCAAAUUUUAAAAGAUUGAUUAUCCGUGUGCCAUGCGUAAGAUUCGUUUCAUGGUCAGCUUUAUGUGUGAAACAAAUUUAAAUUGUAGAUUAUUCUAGUGUUUUUAUAAUAUUAUCAUUUUGUUUCAUUUCUCUAUUUUUUUUUUUUUUUUUUUUUUUUUCUCUUCGUUUUUGUAACUAAGUCUUAUUAAGUUACAUUAAAAUAUCGCAUUUGAUGACCAAAAUGCGAAAUACACACGGACGUUGCAGCCUUCGUAUAUGUUUUGUCGUUCAUUUAAGCACGUACAAUGCGUAUCAAAUACCAUAUUUUAUACCACGUUUGUUACCAACGUAUAAAUUUAGAUUUAACAAAAUAUUAGUCUUAGUAGUAGGUUUAAGAUUACUUCUUUUUUCCCUCUCCCCCUUCUUUCGUAACUUGUUCGUUGGUAACGUAUUUGACACGAUUUGAGUUCAUUUCUUUUUUUUUUUCUUUUUUUUUUUUUAAAUUAGCAUGUUACCUAAACGACAAUUGUCCCAGACAUAAUCUGUAGUCCAAAGUUCCUACAGGUACACGCAACAUUAUAUAUAUUUUUCCCAAUUAUGAAGCAAACCAAAAUAAAGUUUUUAAUCGUA